UGUACUCUGGGCAUGGCCCCUCGCCACAGCGCCUGCCGCCACUUCCUGUGUGAGUUUACACAGGAACAAGCCCCGGCCGGGCGUGAGAAACUCCGCCAGCGUUUGAAUGAGGAGAAGCUGGAGAUGCUGCGAUGGAAGCUUUCGGCCUCUGGAGUACCUGAGGGGGAGGCAGGCCUGCCACUUACAGUGGAUGCCAUCAAUGAUGCCUCUGUGGAAGAAGACUUGGCAGUGGCUGUGGCAGGCGGCCGGUUGGAAGAAGUGAACUUCCUGCAACCCCACCCAGCUCUGCGGCGGCGUGCUCUGCUGCAGGCUUCGGGUGUGCGAAGGAUCGACCGUGAGGAGAAGCGGGAACUGAAGGCGCUGCGCCAAUCCCGUGAGGACUGUGGCUGUCGCUGUGAUAGGGUCUGUGACCCUGAGACCUGCAGCCGCAGCUUGGCGGGUAUCAAAUGCCAGAGGGACCACACAGGGUUCCCCUGUGGCUGCUGUAAGGAGGGCUGUGAGAACCCCAAUGGCCGUGUGGAAUUUAAUCAGGCACGUGUGCAGACCCAUUUCAUCCACACGCUCAUGCGCCUGCAGCUGGAGCAGGGGGCUGAGAGCCUUGGAGAGCUGAAGGCCCCUGCACAGGGCAGCCCAGCCAACCCUGGCGAGCAGGACAUGGUGUCCUCUUUCCCGCUGGCCAGCCCCCCAGCAAGCAGUGAGCUUGGAGACAAUAGCUGCAGCAGUGACAUGACCGAUUCUUCCACGACAUCUUCCUCAUCAGGCGCUAGUGAGGCCCCAGACCACCCCACCCAUCCAGGCCUGCCUGGUCCUGGCUUCCAGCCAAGCAUGGAUGAUGACAGCCUGGCACGGAUCCUGAGUUUCAGUGACUCUGACCUUGGUGGGGAGGAGGAGGAAGAGGAAGGGGGUGUGGGGAACCUGGACAACCUCAGCUGCUUUUACCCAACUGACAUCUUUACUGGUGACCCUGGUGGCCUGGCCAGCUGGACCCACAACUAUUCUGGCACUAGCUUUGUGCCUGGUAUCCUGGAUGAGAAUGCCAACCUGGAUGCUAGCUGCUUCCUAAAUGGCUUUGAAGGGUUGAGAGAAAGUAGCCUCCCUGGCACCUCGGUGCCACUCAGUGUGGACAUUCACCAGAGCAACUCAGUGGACCUCAGCAUGUCUUCCUGCGACUCCUUCGAGCUACUCCAGUCUCUGCCAGAUUACAGUUUGGGGCCUCACUAUACCUCCCAGAAGGUGCCUGGCAGCCUGGACAACCUCGAGGCAUCCCACGGCCCCUUGCCUUGCCUCUCUCCACCGGGGGAUGGCAGCACUUGCUUCCUGGAGUCCCUCAUGGGCUUGUCUGAACCAGUUGCUGACUCCGUGGCCCCCUUCAUCAACAGCCAGUUUGAGGACACUGCCCCGGCCUCUCUGGUAGAGCCUGUGCAGGUCUGAGG